CACAGCUACAUGUAAAACCUCACUUCACCACCAGCCGAGGUGGAGAAAAGAGAAGAGAUCGAAGCGACGCAGCACGCCAGCAGAGCGGCACGCCGAGAUGUGGAGCUCCGACUCCGACCCCGAGCUCGCCGCUGGCACCGACACUGCCUCUUCCUUCUCCCCCUCCCCGCCGCUGUCCCCACUUCCUGCGCGCCGGCGCCGGCGCCGCCAAAAGAAGAUCAGCGCCGUCGCGCCCCGUGACGAGUCGUGGGAGGCGGAGCCCGAGCCCGAGCCCGAGGACGUGUGGCGCGGGGCCCAGUGGGAGGCGGCGUGGCCGGGUCGGCGUCCGAAGCCCGUCGUCCUCGAGGCGGAGGACGACGCCGGCGCGGGAGUUGACGCGGUGGGGCGGUCGAGGAGCCUGACGGACGACGACCUGGAGGAGCUCAAGGGGUGCGCGGAUCUGGGGUUCGGGUUCAGCUACGAUGAGAUCCCCGAGCUCCGCGGCACUCUCCCGGCGCUCGAGCUCUGCUACUCCAUGAGCCAGCGCCUCCUCGACGACCACCCCCAGCCCCAGGCACAGGCCCAGCCGGUGGCGGCCGCGCCGGCGACCCCCUCGCCGCCCGUCACCAACUGGAAGAUCUCCAGUCCCGGCGACAGUCCGGACGAGGUGAAGGCGCGGCUCAAGUACUGGGCGCAGGCGGUCGCGUGCACCGUCCGGCUCUGCAGCUGAACGAUGCAGCAUUCACACCGGCAAACUGUGCCGCCAACAGAAGCGAUCACCAACGACGACGACACCACCGAUCAAGAGCAGGCUUCCGAGGGAUGAUCAGAUCGCGUUGCGCGGCUGUGAACCGAUCGAAGCGCGUCCCGGACAUGAUGCCGGGCGUUGGCAGCUGCGCAUGCGUGCUUGCAGCUGGAGAGUUGCAACUGGCAAGAGAGGAUGGUGCUGGAUCGUAGCAGUAGCACACAACUGGGUCGGUUGCUGUGCUCUGUAUGUGCCAGCUGCAACUUGCUGUUCGUCUUCUGUUCUUCAACUGGGCCAUCUCCAGAACUAUUGAUGUAAUCUAAUAAUAAAUGUACUAGUUGGGAGAUCACAGUGAAUAAAUAAAUGUAUUCAUCAGCAUCAUGCUGUUGCUGUUGCUGUUCUUAAUCA